AUGGGUAAUGAAGUUGAAUGGAGAAUAAAGGCCGGUGACGGAUCAUCGGAGAUUUUGGUGCCGGAGAGAUUUGGAAUUGGAAGGAUCCGACAUUGGAUUGUAAGGUUGGGUUUGAAGUUAUUGAUAUUUCCGAAGAAAGCGUGGGAAUUAGGAGUGAAUGAUCCCAGAAAGUUUAUUCAUGCCAUCAAGGUAGCCAUAGCUCUUACUUUAGUCUCUCUCUUCUACUACGUCAAGCCUUUGUACGAUGGAGUUGGAGGAAAUGCUAUGUGGGCAGUCAUGACUGUGGUUGUUGUGUUUCAGUACACAGCAGGUGAUACAAUUAGUAAAACUAUAAAUCGGAUCUGUGCGACAUCUAUUGCGGGGUUUCUUGCCAUUGGUGUGCAUUGGGUAGCCAACAGAGCAGGAGAUCAUGUUGAACCAAUCAUUGAAGGCGUCUCACUCUUUUUGUUAGCUUCUGCUGCAACGUUCUCUAGAUUCAUCCCCACUAUUAAGGCUCGAUUUGAUUAUGGCGCCGUGAUAUUUAUCCUCACUUAUAGCUUGGUUUCAAUAUCGGGUUAUCGGGUCGAUGAAUUAUGGGAUAUGGCAAUGCAAAGGAUAUUCACCAUUAUAAUUGGCACAUCUUUCUGCAUAAUCACAAGCAUCACUGUUUGCCCCAUUUGGGCGGGUCAGGAGCUCCAUGUUUCAAUCACUUCAAACAUGGACAAACUCGCAAAUUCUUUAGAUGGUCUUGUGGCUCAGUACUUCAUUGAUCAAACUUCAUCUGUUAUUGACCAUGAAUCUGAUAAAACGUUGCUAGGCUACAAGUGCGUGCUGAGUUCUAAGGCAGCAGAAGAUUCUAUGGCUAACGCUGCAAGAUGGGAACCCGCCCACGGUCGGUUCAGAUUUCGUCACCCGUGGAAGCAAUAUCUUAAAGUAGGGGCAUCAAUGCGCAGUUGUGCUUCAUGUUUAGAUGCUCUCGUUGGCUGCGUGAAUUUAGAAAGCAAGGACAAUAGUGAUAUGAAGGAGCAAAUCAGUGGCGUGUGCUUGAGAAUGAGUUCCAACUGUGCGAGUGUGAUAAGGGAGCUGGCGAAGAUGAGUCAAAAUAUGACAAAAUCAUUAAGUGUUGAUAUUUUAGUUGGGAAGAUGAAUAAUACAGCACAAGAGCUUCAGGAAGUAUUGAAGUCUAAUCCAAUAAAUAAUAAUAAUGAUGCCAACCCAACAAAAGCACAAAGCUCUCCACAACUUGUUCUCAUGGAAACUUUUCAACUUCUAACCCUAGCUUCUUUGCUCUUAGAAAUUGCAGCACGCGUGGAAGACAUUGCCAAAGAUGUACAACAAUUAGCAGAUUUGGCUCAUUUCUUGCCUGAAAUAUCUGUUAAAGCCCUCAAACAAGAAAAGGAUCUUGAAGGUCCAUGCUCCCAAAAUUGA